AUGAAUACAAUAGUAACACCAGGUCAAAAACUAUGUAAAGAUACAGAAUACAUAUCUUCGGAGGGUACCUAUGUACACAAAGGGUCGAUAUACUCCUCAGUAUUGGGUUUCUCUCACACUAUCAAAAGAAAUAUAAAUACAGAUAAUAAUAAUGAAACUACUACUACAAGUAGUAGUGGUAGUAGUAGUAGUAUACCAUCAGAAUAUAAUAAUAGUACUUCAGAAGACAAAAGAGAUUAUAUAGUAGUAUUAAAAGAAAAAGAACCAGGAAUAGUACCAGAGAUUGGUAAUGUAGUAACAGUACAAGUAUUGAGAAUCAAUCCUCGUUUGGCAAGUUGUGCUAUUCUUUGUGUUGGAACUAAAGCGCUAAAGGAGACUUUUAAUGGUGUCAUUCGUGUUCAAGAUGUUAGAGCUACAGAAAUUGAUAAAGUAGAGAUUUAUAAAUCAUUUAGACCUGGUGAUAUUGUAUCUGCUGAAGUUAUUUCAUUGGGUGAUUCAAGAUCAUAUUAUUUAUCAACUGCAAAGAAUGAAUUGGGAGUUGUAUUUGCACAAAGUGUUGUUGGAGCAACUAUGAUUCCAGUUAGUUGGAAUCAAAUGCAAUGUCCAAAGACUAAAACAAAGGAAUAUAGAAAGGUGGCUAAAAUGGAUAUCGCUGGCACAGACCAAGACGACGACAACGAUACUGAAAAUGGUCAUGAAAAUGAAAAGGAAGACAAUAACAAUGAAAGUGAUCAAGAGUAA